GAGUUCUUAAGUGAAACCAAUUAGUCACAUCUGCUAUUUCUGUAGAAGCUAAUUCUGACUUAUCUAAAGAUGCUAUUAUCCAGAUGAAGAAACUAUCGAUAAUAUAAUACACAAUAGUAUAUGAUGAUCAAUUUUUAAAUUUGUUCAGGUUGUUCUGAAUAAUAUAUUUUAGUUGAGACUGGAAAAGGUCACAUGCUAAAGUUUCAAACUAAUUAAACUCAUGGACCAGAACUUCUCAUUUAUCCUGAAAGGUCUUAGCCCUUGAAAAUUCCUGCUCGACCCUCUUAAUAUAGAAAGAGAAAAUGGGUUUAUAGUUUUCUACAAGUUUAGAAUAUUAAAAAGCCAACAUCCAAAAAGAUAGUGAGAUAAAAAAGACGUAAUGUGUCAUAUGUUCACUAUAUUUAAUUUUCAACCAUUUUUCCAAGCCUGAACAAUUUGUGUAGGUAAGACUGUAAUUCAAUUUUGAGUUUAUUAAUAUAAUCAAAUAUUUUGCUUUUUGUACUCUUUAAAUGA